AUGCGUGAGGCCCGGGAUGAUGGUUCAAUGAUGAAUAUCAUCUUCGAUCUUUCAAUACAAACGUUGUUUGCAGGAGCUGUCUUCCAAGCGGAUGAGAUAUGGCAGUACGCACAAAUCCCGGCGCUAUGGACAUACGUCGCUCAAAAUGGUGACGCAUCUCAAACCGGGUCCAAGCGUACCGGCGGUGAAGAAGAGUUGCGAGCCACCAGGGAUGUUCUGGCGACAGUCGAAGCCAGCAUCGACUGCUACAAUCCAUUGAUCGAGUCCCUGUAUCUGCUCCACUGGGGUGGCUAUUUUUGGGGGGAUGCGAGGAAUUGGAUAGUAUCGUGGAACGGUCGCACAAGACAAUUCCUCGUGUCCAUCAUCAUCGAGUUGUCCUAA